GGAAAUGUAGUUCACUUUAAAAGCUGAGACACAUGGCGGAAGUGGCUGGAGAGAGGUUGUUCCGGAUCGUCUCAGUGCCCUACCCGACCUAACCGGGUGCUGUCCUGGUUGGUAUUCGCUGGUCCUCUGAGUUCGUAGCCCGUGGGGUCGCAGUUAUACUUUUGAGUUCUGCAGUUUUCCCAAAGUGCCCAGAGGAACAGAGAAGCAUGGCUAUUGUGGAUGUCAACACUGUGUUCAAGGAGUUGGUGGUGUUCAGGGAUGUGGCUGUGGAGUUCUGUAGAGAGGAGUGGGAAUGCCUGGACCCUCGCCAGAGAUCUCUGUACAGAGAUGUGAUGUUGGAGACCUAUGGGAACUUUGUGUCACUGGGACUUGCCAUUUCUAAGCCGUCAGUAAUUUCACUACUGGAGCAAGGCAAAGAGCCGUGGAUGGUGGAGCAAGCAGGAUGGUAUCCAGAUUUGCUGUCUGUAAAUGAAACUAAGAAUUUAUCUCUAGAGAGUGGCAUCUUUGGAAAGGAAUCAUUUAAAUGGAAAAUAAUAGAAAAUGUUGGUAAUUCUUGCCUUGAGGAAUCCUGUUUUGGAAAUGAUUGGAAACUUAAGACACGACCGGAAUCUACAGAGGAAUAUUUACAGAGAAUGACAGCCCCGUUGGAAAAAAUGUCAACUGAAUUCAUUCAGCCUACACCCAUUGCUCUAAGUGAAAUGACUCACUCUGAAACAAAACACAAUGAACAGGAAGCAGGUGAAACUAUUACUCAGCAGGUAAAAAUUCCUACCAAUGACAAUGAAGUGUACGAGAACACCUUUAUCUAUUACACAGAUCAGAUGAAGCAUCAGCAGGAUUUUGCUGGCGAGAAAUGUGAUGAAUUGAAAGAGUGUAGCAGAGGAUUUGCGUAUGACUUCCAACUUGCCCCAUAUCAGAUCAAUAAGAAGCCCUAUCAGUGUGAGAUCUGUGGCAAGAUCUUUGAAAAGCAUGCUUACCUUGUUCAGCAUAAUCGCUUUCACACUGGUGAAAAGCCCUGUGAGUGCAAAGAAUGUGGGAAAGCCUUCACUAACUGCUCCCUGCUCGUCCAGCACCAGAGAGUCCACACGGACGAGAAGCCCUAUGAAUGCAAACAUUGUGGGAAGGCCUUCCUCUACUUCUCGACGUUUUUUCAACAUCAGAGAACACACACCAAUGAGAAGCCUUACGAGUGUCACAAAUGUCAGAAGGCCUUUAACAAGAGUGCAAAUCUCACCAGACAUCAAAGAAUCCACAGUGGUGAGAAACCCUAUGAGUGUAACUUAUGUGGAAAGACUUUUACUUGGGCUUCCAACUUGAAUGAUCACCAGAAAAUUCACACUGGUGAAAAACCUUACGAGUGUAACUAUUGUGAAAAGGCCUUUCUCUGUCAUUCAGCAUUCAUGAAACACUAUAGAACUCACACUAACGAGAAGCCCUAUGAGUGCCAGGAAUGUAUGAAGGCCUUUAGGCAGAAAGCACAUCUCAUCCAACACCAGAGAGUUCAUACUGGUGAAAAACCGUAUGAAUGUAAGGAAUGUGGGAAGGCCUUCGCUUGUCCUUCAUACUUUAACAGACAUCAGAGAAUUCACACUGGGGAGAGGCCUUAUGAAUGUAAAGAAUGUGGGAAGGCUUUCAUUGAUUGUAAAACUCUAAUUCUACACCAGAGGAUCCACACUGGUGAGAAACCCUUUCAGUGCCAGCAGUGCAGCAAGGCCUUUCGGCAGAGGUCCCAUCUUACCCAGCACCAGAGGAUCCACACCGGUGAGAAGCCCUAUGAGUGUAAGGAGUGCGGACAGGCCUUUACUCGGCUCUUACAGGUGAAGAAGCACCAGAGAAUACACACAGUGGGAGAAAUCUUGUCGCUGAGGCCCAGGUCACCGGUCGCUGCGGUGCCUGCGCACUCGCGACCCGCCCUCCGGUGGGUCCGUCAGCUGGGUGAGUCGGGCUCCCGCGGCCUGUGGUCUUCUCCGGGAAUCGAGGGCCGGGCCCGCUCUGCGGUCCCCUGGACUCGGGUGGCCAUCCGUGGGUGCAGCCUAUCAUGCUGCCGCGCUGCACCUAAACCCCGGCCUGGCUGUGGACGAGGACCGAGAGGGAAGUCGGGGUUUUCCUAUAGUUUGGAGGAGGACGUAUUUCUGUGUAAGCUGCCUCCCACCUCUCACUCUUCGUGUGUUGGAAAACCGGGUUGCAUGUCAGAAGAGAUCCUCUGGUUUUUAAAAUUUGGAAGCUCUGGGGCGGUUUUGAUCUCAUCCUGCAACUCUCCCUCCAGUCCCUGUGAACUGCUUCUCCAGGGCAUGAUCCUCGAGGAGGGACAAGCCGGUUCUUGCAAUUCUAGAAUCAUGGCUCAUAGUGAGGUGAUGUUCAGAGAUGUGACUGUGAACUUUUCUCAGGAAGAGUGGGAAUGCCUGAGUUCCUAUGAGAGGGAUCUGUACAAAGAUGUGAUGUUGGAGAACUACAGCCACCUGGUGUCACUGGCAGGAUGCUCCAUUUCUAAGCCAGAUGUGAUCACCCUGCUGGAACAAGGGAAAGAGCCCUGGAUGAUUGUGAGGGAUGAGAGGAGAAGGUGGAGCCAAGAUCUGGAAACCAGAUAUAGCAGUAAAGUGUUAUUUGAAGAAAAGAAUCCUUAUGAAAUUAAUUUAUCUCCAUGGGAAAUAAUGGAAAGAAUUAAAAGGCGUGGCCUCGGAGACUCCUUUUUUGGAAAAGAAUUUGAAUAUAAAAUGUUUAAAGAACAAGAGGGUUCUCACAGGGUAUAUUUCAGAGAAGUGACAAAAAUUACCCCUGGAAAAAGACCUAUGUAUAGAAAACGCUCAUCUGUUGGUCUCUAUAAGAAAAGUCAUAACAGAGAAAAGCCCUACGAAUGUGGGGAGUGUGGAAAGGCUUUCAGGGUCCGCCAACAACUUACUUUCCAUCAGAGAAUCCAUACCGGUGAGAAACCCUAUGAAUGUAAAGAAUGUGGAAAAGCCUUCAGACAGUGCGCCCACCUCAGUCGACAUCAGCGAAUUCACACAUCUGAUAAACCCUAUGAAUGUAAGAAAUGCGCGGAGAUCUUCACCUGUAGCUCAGACCUCCGAGGACAUCAGAGAAGUCAUAUUGGCGAGAAGCCGUAUGAAUGUAAAGAGUGUGGGAAGGCAUUCCGAGUUCGAGGACAGCUUAGUCUCCACCAGAGGAUCCACACGGGCGAGAAGCCCUAUGAGUGCCAGCAGUGUGGGAAGACCUUCCGGCAGUAUGCGCAUCUUACCCGGCAUCAGAGGCUCAACAGUGCUGGUGUGUGCUACAAGUGUAAGGAGUGCGGACAGGCUUUCCUGUGCAGCACUGGCCUUCGGCUGCAUCACAAACUGCACACAGGAGAGAAGCCGUACAGCUGUAAGGAGUGCGGGAAGGCCUUCCGUGUGCGGCAGCAGCUCACCCUCCAUGAGAGGAUCCACACGGGUGAGAAGCCCUUUGACUGUAAGGAGUGUGGGAAGACCUUCAGUCGGGGUUAUCAUCUCACGCUCCACCAGAGAAUCCACACUGGCGAGAAACCUUACGAGUGUAAGGCGUGUCACAAGUUCUUCCGCCGUUACUCGGAGCUCAUUUCCCACCAGGGUAUUCACAUUGGGGACAAGCCGUAUGACUGCAAGGAAUGUGGGAAGGCCUUCCGACUCUUCUCACAGCUGACUCAACACCAGAGUAUUCAUUUUGGUGAGAAGCCCUAUAAAUGUAUGGAAUGUGAGAGACCUUUCCGGCUGCUCUCACAGCUCACUCAGCAUCAGAGCAUCCACACGGGUGAGAAGCCUUAUGACUGCAAAGAGUGUGGGAAGGCCUUUCGGCUCCAUUCGUCACUUAUUCAGCAUCAGAGGAUCCAUUCUGGAGAGAAACCGUACAAAUGUACGGAGUGUAAGAAGGCCUUCAGACAACACUCACACCUCACCUACCACCAGCGAAUUCACCAGGAUUCUUAA